GGUGCCUCUAAAGGUGGAACAAGCAAACAAUGCCCGGGAUGCCCUGGCCAAGGCGGUGUACAGCCGCCUCUUUGAUCAUGUGGUCAAACGUGUGAACCAGUGUUUCCCUUUCCAGACCUCCUCCAACUUUAUCGGCGUGUUGGACAUUGCUGGAUUUGAAUAUUUCGAGCACAACAGCUUCGAGCAGUUCUGCAUCAAUUACUGCAAUGAGAAGCUGCAGCAGUUCUUCAACGAGCGCAUCCUCAAGGAGGAGCAAGAGCUUUAUCAAAAGGAAGGUCUGGGAGUGAAUGAAGUGCAUUAUGUUGAUAACCAGGACUGCAUAGAUCUCGUGGAGGCAAAGCUGGUGGGAAUCCUGGACAUUCUGGAUGAAGAGAACCGUCUUCCUCAGGCCAGCGACCAACACUUUGCAGUGGCUGUUCACGGCAAACACAAAGACCACUUCAGAUUGACGGUUCCCAGAAAGUCAAAGUUGACAAUUCACAGGAAUCUUCGGGACGACGAAGGUUUUAUAAUCAGGCACUUUGCAGGAGCGGUCUGUUAUGAAACGACGAGGUUCGUGGAGAAGAAUAAUGAUGCCCUCCACAUGUCAUUGGAGAGUUUAGUGUGCGAAUCAAAAGACAUAUUUGUGCGGGAGCUGUUUGAGAACUCCAACACCUCCAAGGACUCCAAACAGAAGGCGGGAAAGCUCAGCUUCAUCAGCGUGGGGAACAAAUUCAAGACCCAGCUGAUCCUGCUGCUUGAGAAACUUCGCAGCACCGGCUCGAGUUUCAUCCGCUGUGUAAAACCCAAUCUAAAGAUGGUGAGCCACCAGUUUGAAGGAGCUCUGAUUCUCUCACAGCUGCAGUGCUCAGGAAUGGUGUCUGUGUUGGACCUGAUGCAGGGGGGGUUCCCCUCCAGGGCUCCCUUCCAUGAGCUCUACAACAUGUAUAAAGCGUACAUGCCUGACAAGCUUACCCGACUGAACCCUCGGCUCUUCUGCAAGGCUUUAUUCAAAGCACUGGGCUUAAAUGAUAAUGAUUUUAAGUUUGGAUUGACUAGAGUGUUCUUCCGCCCAGGGAAGUUUGCUGAGUUUGACCAGAUCAUGAAGUCGGACCCGGAGCACCUGGCAGAGUUGCUGAAGAAGGUCAACAAGUGGUUGCUGUGCAGCUGCUGGAAGAAGGUCCAGUGGUGUUGCCUGUCGGUCAUUAAACUCAGGAAUAAAAUGAGUUACAGAGCUGUGGCCUGCAUUAAGAUUCAAAAGACUGUCCGCAUGUGGCUGUGUAAGAAGAAGCAUAAGCCACGAAUUGAUGGGAUGGUGAAAGUUCAGAAACUGAAGAAGCACAUGGAGCGUUUCAACGAGGUGGUGAACGUGCUGAAGGAAGGGAAACAGGAAAUGGUCAAACAAGUCCAGGAACUGGCCACCGCCAUAGAUGCCCUGUUAGCAAAAAUAAGGGCCACGGUGAUGACCUGGAAGGAGAUUGACACAGAGUACCAGGGGCUUGUGAAGCGCUCUGAGCAGCUGCUCUCCUCCAUAAAAAAGAAGAAGCAAGAGGAAGAAGAGACUGAGAGACUGAAACGCAUCGAGGACGAGAUGGAGAAAGAGCGUCAGAGGAGGGAGCAGGAAGAUCAACGCCGCAAACAGGAGGAAGACGACAGAAAGCUCAAAGCAGAGAUGGAACUUAAAAGGAAGCAGGAAGAAGAGGAGAGGAAAAAAAGAAAGGAGGAAGAGAAAGUUAUUCAGGCUGAGCUGGAGAAACAGAUGGCUCUGGAGCGUGAGGAGCAGGCCCAGCAUGCUGCAGUAUUGGAACAGGAGAGAAGGGACCAGGAGCUCGCCAUGAGGAUCGCUCAGAGCGAGGCAGAGCUCAUCAGUGACGAAGGUCAGGGGGAUGCAGCUCUGCGCAGUGAUGACUUUUUUUCAGAUCUUCCUAUCUCUUUCUUCUCAGCCAGAGCCAUGGGUCCUCAGGUGCAGGCGACCAAAGCUGCUGCCGGUGUGAAAAAGUAUGAUCUGAGCAAGUGGAAGUACGCCGAGCUGCGAGAUGUCAUCAACACUUCCUGUGACAUCGAUCUGCUGGCAGCCUGCAGAGAGGAGUUCCACCGUCGUCUGAAGGUUUAUCACGCGUGGAAGUCCAAGAACAAGAAACGGGACGAUGAUGGGAUUUACCAGAGAGCUCCGAAAUCCAUCACUGACUAUGCCGAGCAGAACCCAGCGCCGCCAACGACAGCCCAACAUCACGAAGUGGCAAUGAACCGCCAGCAGCGCUACUUUCGCAUUCCUUUCAUCCGGCCCGCAGACCAGUACAAGGACCCCCAGAAUAAAAAGAAGGGUUGGUGGUACGCCCACUUCGACGGGCCGUGGAUAGCCAGACAGAUGGAGCUUCAUCCGGACAAACAGCCCAUUGUUUUGGUCGCAGGCAAAGACGACAUGGAAAUGUGCGAGCUGAGUCUGGAGGAGACGGGCCUGACCAGGAAGAGGGGGGCGGAGAUCCUGCCCAGGCAGUUCGAGGAAAUCUGGGAGCGCUGCGACGGGAUCCAGUAUCUGAAGAAAGCCAUAGAGAACAAGCAGGCCCGCCCGACGUACGCCACCGCCAUGCUGCAGAGUCUCCUGAAGUGAACCUGAACGCACCGCUCCCUGUGA